AUGGCGGCAGUGCCCACAAGUUCCCUCACCGACGGCCAGCGCCAGGAGCUCCUCUGUACUUACGCUUCUUUGAUUCUUUCCGACGAAGGAAUGGAAAUUUCCGCAGAAAAUAUUCAAAAAUUAGUUUCUGCAGCAGGAGCUUCUGUGGAGUGUUACAUGCCGGGCCUUUUCGCGCGGGCGCUCAAGGGUCACAACAUCACGGACCUUCUCGCUGGAGCAGGCACAGUUGCUGCUGCUCCUGCUGCUGCUGCUGCUGCUCCUGCUGCUGCAGCAGAGCCUGCUGCUGCUGACAAGGGGGGAAAGGCUGCGAAACAGGAAGAGCCUGAGGAGGAGGAAGAUGCAGACAUGGGUUUCUCUCUCUUUGACUAA